AGCGGAGCGGCUUGCUCCGCGGGAAGGCGGCACGCGGGCAACGGGGCCGGUGCGCGGUGCCGAAGUCGAGCUCGGGCUGCCAGCCCCGGGCCCGCCGGUGCCAUGGACGGCCUGCGCCAGCGCUUCGAGCGGUUUCUGGAACAGAGGAACUUGGCCACCGAAGCACUAAGGGCACUCGAAGCCAAGACCGGUGUCGACAAGCGGUACUGGGCUGCGGGAGUCACCACUCUGCUAAGCCUGUAUCUUCUGUUCGGUUACGGGGCAUCUCUACUGUGCAAUCUCAUCGGCUUUGUGUACCCCGCAUAUGCUUCAAUCAAAGCUAUCGAGAGCCCAAGCAAGGAGGACGACACUGUGUGGCUCACCUACUGGGUGGUAUACAGCCUAUUCGGGCUUGCCGAGUUCUUCAGCGAUCUACUCCUGUCCUGGUUCCCUUUCUACUACGCGGGCAAGUGCGCCUUCCUGUUGUUCUGCAUGAUUCCCGGGCCAUGGAAUGGGGCUCACAUGUUGUAUCACCGCAUCAUACGUCCGCUGUUUCUAAAGCAUCACCAGGCCGUGGACAGCGUCGUGAGAGACCUCAGCGGGCGAGCCCUGGACGUGGCAGCAGGAAUAACCCGGGAAGUCCUGCAGACCCUGGCCCGCAGCCGGGCUCUUGUCACCCCAGCGGCUGUGGUGGUGGGUUCCCCACUGCUCUCGGAGCCAACUAUAGCCAAAGUAAGCGUGACCCAGCUCCAGAAGAACAAGUGAAGCUCCAGCCGGCAGACCAGCCGGCCAGCCAGCUAAAAGACACAUUGUAUCCCAAGUCCUCCACAAAUUUCUCAACUGAGUCCCCAGGACAGACCCCCUCAGCCCCAAGCAUGCCAGCCCCUGGGAGCCCCUCACGUACCACCUUGAACCAGUCCCAGCCUCAUUCCCGGGCCACAGGUUCUGCCAAUGGCUCCAAGCUGCCUGGCAAGUCCCAGUCCCAGCCUUGGUCAAGAGCCAAUUCCUCCAGCCAGCCCCAGGCCGCUGGCCAGCAGCAUCCACGGCCAUCCGUCACUUCCUUGGACCCCUCCCAUCCAAUCCACCAGUCCUCAAGCUCAGGUCCGGUGCAGCAUCCCAGCACCUCCUCUAGCCAGGGUCCCCCCACUAUGCCAUCCCCGAGUGGUACUACCAUCCCCAUGCAGCCCCCCAACAAGACCCCUAAUGGACCAGUGGAGUUGGCUUCCAAGGCCUCCAAGUCCAGCAAACAGCAGAAGGGGUCCCCAACGCAACCCCCAACCAGUACCUCGGUCCCUGAGCUGCCUGUCUCCUGCCUUUCUGAGUCCCCUCUGGAGUCUACCUCAGAGUCCACCACUGAAGUCACCUGCAGCUGGUCUCACCACCACCCCUGGCUCCGAUACCUGCAACACUGCUGGCGGCUGAAACAUCUGGCCUGCUAGGAGAGGGCUCAAUAAAGCACAUCUGGCUGA